AUGGCGACACUCACGCUCUACCAAGCUUUCCACUCUUACGAUUUCCAAAUUCGAUUGCUUCGCACAGCUUUGCCCAAGGUCACCAUGCGCUACUUUCCUCUUGUAUCUCUGACUCUCAUCCCAACCCUGGCACUAGCCGGCACCAUCUCUUUCGCCUCCAACACCGAAUGCGAAGGCGGAACCGAACAAACAGUCGCGAGUUACACCUGCUCAGAGGCGCCUGCGGGAUUAACUGGUUCCUUCUUGGUCACUGACACGGGUGGAUGCGACUCGAUUGGCUUCUACGACAACGCCGAUUGCACCAAUGGACAGGCGUACUAUAGCGAAACCGACAUUCUCAAGUUUUGUCUUGCACCGAAAUACUCAUUCACCCACUACGAUUUCACCGUGUGUUAA